AAGAAUUGUUUGUCAGUACAGCAUUCUGAGCAGUCUUACAGCUCCUAAGAAAAUACGAAAACUACAUACAAUCAGCAUCAUGAAAACCGCUGUGUUCUUUGGACUUUUGACUUGCCUUAGCUUAGUCAACGCAAGAGUGGCCGUGUUGGAUUCCUCAUUUAACUCUACUGUGGAAGAAAUUAGGAAAGUGUUGGAACAAUUUGAUCCAGCAACAGUUAAGGAUGUGUCUUUCACUUUGCUUAACCAGAUCACCUUUACUCUUAAAUCCGCUUCGCUUUCCAAAUUCUCUAAUUUCGCUUUUACAACAUUAUCAAAUGAUGGCGAAAACAUUAGGGCCAAAUUCAGUCAUCCAGAAGUUGAUGCUGUUAUAGACAGUCUUAAAAUCAGUAGCAAACUGCUGGGAAUUGAUGCUGGUGUUCCCAAUCUAGAAGCAUCAAUGGGAGGAUUAACCAUUGACGUAUCUCUUUCGUACUCUACUACACCUCUCAGAUUAACAUCCCUUAGCGCAUUGGCUCAAAUUGGAGAUGCAUCU